UUCCACCCAGCCAGUCAUCCGCUCACUGCUCAGGACAGCUCGGCUCUUCUCUUCUUUCUUUCUUUCUUUUUUUUCUACACCCAAACCUUCCGAAAAUGGUGAAGUACGUGCAGCAGUGCAGGGAGCUGAAGCCGGAGGAAGCGCUGUCGGAGUCGGACUCGUCCCUGGACCACUAUUCCCUCUUAUACUCCAAGUGUUCCGCAAUGGACCACAUCGACACUUUCAUGAAGAACGUCCAGGUUCUGCUCGAUGCAGCGAAUUAUAUUGAGAACGUGGAGAAGAGCAGCGGAAAGUGCGAGCAUGGAUAUGCGUCAUCACUACCUGCCAUGCAGACGACGCACCAACUUAAACAACGUAAAUUCAAGAGCAGGAAAUUGGAAAGCUUCCACAAUAGGUCUGCACAUAACGAAUUGGAAAAGAAUAGACGAGCUCAUCUCCGCCUGUGUUUGGAAAGGUUGAAGUCCCUCAUCCCGCUGGGACCAGACUGCAGUCGCCACACCACACUGGGACUUCUCAACAAGGCCAAAGCACAUAUUAAGAAACUUGAAGAGGUGGACAGAAGGAGUCAGCACCAGCUGGACACGCUGGAAAGGGAGCAGAGGCACCUGCAGAGGCAGCUGGCUCAGCUGCAGCCUCUGGGCGAGCGGGUGCGAAUGGAGAGCGUGGGCUCACCAGAGGACUGUUCAGAGUCGGACAGAGAGGAGAUAGAAGUGGAUGUAGAAAGCACCGAGUUCUCCCAUGGAGAGAUGGACAGUGUCAGUACCAGCUGUGCCAGCGACCUGGACGACCACAGCAGCCGGCAGAGCUCGGCCAGCGACGAGGGCUACUCCACCUGCAGCCUGAAGCUGGCCUUCUCCGCCUGAAAACACCAGCUUGUACCUUUCAAUCCAGCUUCCAAUCUCGAAAAUUCCACGUCUCCAUUUUCCUGGUUCCGAUGGACGAGAGGCUGAGCCGAACACUGGACUCCUUAGUUGAUCUGUUGAGCUUCUUCAUCGAGAGUCGGACCCCAGCACUUCAGCACAGUAGCCUGGAUCAUUCCCUGUUAGCCUCCAGCACAGCCCCCACACGUUAGCAUCCACGAAUGACUUCGCCGUCAAUUCGUCGUCGCUGCUUUUGAGUGUAUCUUCUGAGGAGUCCAGAAUUCUGAUCGGCCCGUCCGUCUGAACCCGAACAGAACCAGCCUCAAACCUUCCGAAAUCCUCCAGCCUUAACUCUGACUCAUUCCACUCUCAUACUGAAACGGCAAUAUUCUCUUCUGAAGCUGAAGUUUGAACCCACAAUCACGUCGGUGGCCCGUCCUCGCAGGACCCCCCACAACCUUCAAUCAAGUCCUGUCUUGUAUACCAGCAGAAGUACCAGCUUCAAGCUCACCGUUGGCAGUUUUCUCCAUUAGACUCGUGAAAAUUCGCCCUUUUGCGUCAAGCGCUUUCACGUCCACGCUCGUCACGGCGAGAAUCUCCGCAUUCCAACAAAUAUUUACGACACACCUUGCGCUUUGAGACGCACAGCUAUCAACCCACGUGUCGUCCUCGCUCCCGUCCAAACGGGUGGUUCGACCCACCCUCGCAAUUCUAAUUUAUUUUGCAUAUUAUAAUAUUUAUUUUUGGUAUAUUUAAUUGUACUGUAGCUAGAUCUUGGUCAUGCUUGAAUGAAAAAACGUCGACAAAAACAAAAUCCCGAACAGCUUUUUUUCAAUUCCAGACAGUGAUAAGCUACCACACACUUGUCCAAGCACAAGGCUUUAAGCAAUAACGCAUUUACUUUUGUCGUAUCUUCCACUCAGCUGUGAUCUACGGCGGCGGGCUGGAGCCACAGACGGGAAAAAGAUGGACGCUUUGGUUGCUUUUUAAAUACCGCAUUCCAACCAGACCACUAAGCUGACUCUGUUUCAUGAAGCUUCAUUAAAAACAGUGCCCUUAUCAGAGCACACUAGGUGGCACUGUCUGUUCUGUAGUCGUUGAACAACUAUUUUAAUGAAACUUUGCAUCAUUUUUGAGCCAAGAGCGCCACCUCCUGAGCUCAGAAAAUGAGGUUUUGUGAAGCUUCAGCUAGUUUUUGGUUGUAAAAUAGGUCAAUUGGAAAGAAACUUUGUAAACUUCUGCCAGACAAUAGUUUUAUAGCGUAUAUUGUUACAGAAAUUCUCUAAAUUGAGUCACCAAUUCUUGCUCAAAAAUGAAUUAUGGGUUUGUAUCGAGUGUUUUGUAGCCCUAAAUGCUAAGCAUUUUCAAAUGUUGGCUAUUUCAGGGGAUGAGUAACGUUACAUGCUGCAAGGGAAGCAGACUUUGACAGAAAUAAAAGAAUCACGAAAAUAUGAAAAUGACUCUGCUCAUCACAAAUGGUAGAAGUUUAAAAGGUUUAUUUGUAAAUUGAGACUCCAAUUUUCCAAGAGAGGAACUUGCUCCACAGUCUUCUACUGAAGUGAAACUCCUCACAACCACUGCUGUCCUUUUCUUCUCUCUAAAAGGCCCAGACGCUCCGUCACGACCAAAACACACCAACACAAACCGUCGUCGCUACCAAUGAGCGUUUUAAUGAUUGUAAUUGAACUGCUGGUGCAUGUGUUUUUCGAAUGUAACCCCCUCGAUCAUGUUGUAAAUGUGAUUCUGAAUUGACCACUCCUUCAAAAGAUGUCUGUGGCAUGAACACGGGUAUGAGCUUACUUUCAUGUUUCAAGCUGUUUUUCAAAGAAUCUGAAGGAUGUCCCGCCACUUGCACUGCGGCCCUCGAAUCAACCAAAUUUGACAUUUCUCUUUGAGUUACUCACCACCAAAUUGUGUCUUAACAGUGACGGUGACUCUUGCACAAGAUCCCUGUCAGAUCCCCAAGUGUAUUUUGGGUACAUUUAGAAGAAAAAUGAUGCACUACGAGAAUAAAAAGUCGUCUGUUAUGGACGUCAGGUCAAAGAAUAACCCUGAAUGUUCUUCUCUUUGGUUAAUCAGGCGUCCAAGGUGACUAUUUAUACUGACAACAUGCUGCUGGUUCCCUGCUAAUGUUUGUUACAAUUCCUGACUAUUGUUCCUGGAAUCUUAAUAAACCAAUGUACCACCAAGAUGGAGUCAGUGUUUU